GUCAAACUGUUUUCGGAUCAAACGGUGAAGGUUCAGCGAACGACAUUCUAUUCUGUUUCACACCUUAACGAUCAACAGCUACGACGACCACUUUUUUCCAGCAAUCCAUGUUCGACUAUCACACGUCCGUGAGCCGACUGUUUACGGUGGAAGAUUUGGGGAGAAAGUUCAACCGCACUUUCGACGUUUCGCAGGAUCCGGCGCGGCGGUCGUUAAAGAUAGCGUUUGACGUCGAAGGCAUCGAAUUAGGGACGUACGCGGUUCUCUUGUGCACCGACGGGCUAGUGAAUUUCGUUCUGUGCGCCAUACUGGCAAGCUUAGCAGUGAUGAGCAAAAACGUCAAGAGGCCGCUGUACGAGGGACUGACAUGUUGCACUUGCGUCGGACUGUUGCUCGGUCGGUUUUUCGGAUUCGUUUUUUGGGAAACUACGCCAAAGAACGUUCCGUUUCACAUUUCCUUCUUGUGCUUAGUAAUUGGCGGCUUGUCCGUUGCUCUACACGCCACGUUCGACCACGACAUCUCACUUAAGGCACUGACCCUGAUGGGAUACGGUAUCUUUACCGAACUUUACCGCUGCGGUUUGAAAUCCACAAUGUGCAGACUGAUCGAAAUUAGCCGGUUCACUCAGUUCCACACCUACCACACGCUGACUCGUGGAAUAACUUCGACGGUUUCGUUCAUGUGGAUCGGUUCGAUGAUACAACCAGUGGCCAAUACCGGAAGUUCCGUAUUCACGCUGUGCGGUAACGCGUUAAUAUUCAGUGCGUUUAUUUUGCUCUUCGGUCAUUUGUAUUUGAACCGUCAAAGAACAAACGACCGGCUGCAAGAUUACCCGUGAUGGCGGCGGAUAUUUCCACGUGUAGAAUAUUCAUUAUAUUUGUUAAAAAAUAUAAUACACAAAUGUUAUGUAUUAAACGAGCGUUGAGCCUGAUGUGAUCACAAAACCAAUAUUUUGUAUUUGAAAAUAUAAAAACAGUACUAUCAUAAGUCCUGUCCUACAUUAAGACGGCUCAAUUGCUAUAAAAAAAAUAUAUACACUAACAAAAUAAUAGCGGCGAGUGUGAUAUGUGAACACAAUAGUAUUAUUGUGUAUUACAAAUAUGAGAACAGUACUAUGGCACUCUCCUUUUUAAAGUUUUUAAAGGGCUAAUGGACAACCGAUCUUAAGGGGUUUUAUGAUUUUUU